AUGAUAAAUAGAGACACGUACUUAGGUGCACUAAUAAGACGUGGAGCACGUAGAAAUAUGGAAGGUGGGAGUGGAGUUGUGUACCGUGUAGUAGGACGUACUCGAAAGACGGAUUGUGGGCAGCAGACGGAGAGACAGCCGCCGAGGCAAGACACAACUUGGAAGAAGUACACCGACUCCCCUGGUGUUGGGGCUCCACCAAUGAGCCAGCCACCAGCUCCUCCGAGUCCAUCUCAUAGUCGAAAGAGUGAGCGUCGUGCGGGUCACCACUCGCCACAACACAAACGAGAGAAACUCACUGCCGCACAGCAACUCGGCAUCGCGCCACACCCUCAGUAUGCUGCCGCUAAUUCUCCAAAUCAGCAUGGAUCAAGACAAGGAGGCAGUGCACAGCUUCAAUCCCCAAGUGGAGGCUCUCGACCAUCCAGUGUAUCAAGCGGUAACGGGAGUAGCUCAUCAAGCAAGGCCAAAGGGCCACAGAACUUCGGCUACGCAAAACGACAGAAUGGCACCCAACAACCGCCUCCAUUACCGGCAAAUGGACCACCGCAGCAUACACACAGCGGCAGGACGGCACAAGUGACUGCUGUGCCUAGAACGAAAGUAAAAGUAUCCGGAGGGACACAAACCUGUACCCAAGACCUACAGAUACACAAAAACGGUAUAGGACCAAAAUCCUAUUCGCUUCAAGGAAGUUCGGCCGCUCAACUCUCUGCUUCUGUAAGAGAGCGACUACUUGGAUCUCAGUCCUUGCCAAAGCCGGGAACUCAUGAAUUUGCUGCACUUUUCCAUCAUCACAGAGUACCUCCAAGAGGCGGUAUGAAGAUCAGCGACGGAAGUCUAUCAGACACUCAGACUUACUCCGAAGUAAAGUCCGAUUACGGAAUUCCCUACGCACCAUGGCUCAGGCAUAGCAAUACAUAUUCGGCGACCGGACGUCUUUCUGAAGGAGAGUCUAUGGAGUCUCUGACGUCACUCCAUUCAGCGCAGCACACUACCCCUAACUCACACCACCGCAGCUCACUCACACAUAAUAAGCUCAUCAUGCAUCGAGACGCACAAACUUCGAGACUUAACCGAAGCAACAGUAUUAGCUACCUCAGAGAUAGGACAUUCCCAAGAUCGACGAAAUCGGAAAAGCUGUAUCCGUCGAUGCUUCAAAGGUCUUCUGAGAGUGAUUAUGAACCUUAUUACUGCCUGCCUGUUCAAUAUGGGGCAGGUGGACAAGGUCUAAAUUACGGGGUAUCAGAACCGCCAUCACCAUCCCCGAGAUCGGCUCUCAGUCCUACGCACCAACCCGCCAGUGUCAUGCAUACUCCACGACAUUCACACCAUUAUCCCAAGAAAAACGAUGAAGUACACGGAUCCACUGCUUCCCUUGUAUCAACCGCGUCUUCUCUUGCGGCGGGCGCCGGCGCCGAGGAAAGACACGCCCACGAGGUUCGGAAGUUGAGAAGAGAGCUAGCGGACGCCAAAGAAAAAGUUCACACACUCACGACGCAACUCACAACUAAUGAGAAUCUACGGCUCAUAGGCAUUCGAAAACAUGUAUGA